AUGAGCUCAACCCUUAGGGAGUCCCUUGUCCGUUAUGACCCACCUAUGCAGGCAACAGCUGCAAAGGAGAAACAAAAGAAGGCAAAGGCAUCCCAGGCCACUAACCAGGGCACAAAAGGGACUCUUCAGACAGAGGACAUCCUGAACUCUAUCCUCCCCCCGAGGACCUUCGAGCAAGACGGAGAACAGUGGGUCCAGUUUGUGUCCAGCACCCCAGCUACACGGCUUGAUGUCCUCAACCUACAAGAGAAACUGGAUCAGCAGUUAAAGGUUCGCCAGGCUCGUGAGAUGGGCUUGUGUCCGAUCAGAGAAGACAUAUACAGCCAAUGCUUCGAUGAGUUGAUUCGUCACGUCGCCAUUAACUGCGCUGAGCGUGGCGUGCUACUGACCCGCGUCCGUGACGAGCUACGCAUGACUAUUGCAGCAUAUCAGACACUAUAUGAAUCGGCAGUGUCGUUCGGGAUCAGAAAAACGUUACUGGCCGAGCAAGGAAAAGCAGAGAUGAAAGCAAAGAUUGAAGAACUAGAGUCAGAAAACGAAAGGCUCAAGAGGCAACUGGCAGAGCAUAAGGCAAGGCUGGACGCUGCCGAGAGGACAGAAGCCGAAAGGCGUGCUUUAGAUGAAAAGAGGCAUGCAGAGGAAGUUGUUUUCCUAAAGAAGCAAGUAGUCCAGCUGAAGUCCCAGCUGGAGAACAUUCUAUCAGUGUGA